CUCCAAGAAAUUGCGUCUUGGGAUGUAGUGGAAGUUUUUGCAGCCCGAAACUAAUCCGAUCACAACAGACGUUCCCGGGUGUCGUUUCUUCUGGGUGCUUAGUAGCAAAAAAAAAAAGCGCGCGUACGUUUCGGGUGUCAGUAUUUCGGUAACGUGAACUCUUCCUUCCACAGUGAGGAAAUAAAAGUAGACACAUCUAAAUCCCGUGCAGCAUUCCGUCCCUUUAUCACAUUAUCGAUGAGAUUUGUUCGCUUCUUUUCGUUUUUCGAACAAUCCGUCCCCGGGGCUAGGUGAGAGAAGAAAGGAAGGUAGUGGAAGGCAACAGGGUACACCUUUAACCUUGAAUUCCGUAAGUUUUCGUCGAUCGGCAUCCAGCAUGGCGCAAUUUCCGUACGGGAGAGCUGUAAUACGGGAGGGCGUAUUUAUUCCCAAUUUGACCAGAAUUGUUGUUAGCUGGCGCAUGCUUUUGACUACCACAAAGUUAAUGUGAUUGUCAUUGUUUCCGCGUACUAUACCGUACGGUGGUACAUCGGAGAGUCGAACACCCUUUCUGGGGGAAAAUGGUCACUCGGCUGUACCCCGGGUGCGAAAAGGUUCUGCUGCUUUACAUUCGUUUGAUCACUAGCAGGCCCUUGUGGCACGUAAAUUAAGAUCAUGUUCGAUGCAGCUACCUGUUGGUCCCUCCUGUAGAUCGUGGGACGAGUUCAAAGCGAAACGUCAAAGUCGUUUACAAAGUAAACAAACACCGCCCUCCCAUCGCGUACGCACCUUUAACCCGGUUCGGCCCCUCCGCAUCACUUGUCCGUUACAGCUGGGCUUGCUGUAGGCUCAGGUAGCCUGGGCCUGGUUGUACUACUGAGGAUGCAUACAUGUGGAACGCAGACAGGCAGGCAGACGGGUUGGUUCGCAAAAACGUAACCUGCCAGGCAAAAGGCACGAUGGUAAACGAUCUGCCAGGUAGUCGAGGUUUGCCGGAGUGCCUGGAGUAGGAAGAGGACAAGAAAUCGAACCUGUUGCUAUCUGUGGCAGUGGUGAAAACGAGAGAAGUCUGCUAUUUGCUAUAAAACUGUCCGCAUACUAUCAUUACCCCUUGUUAACGUUGCCAGCGUGUCGUCAGUCUGCCAUCAAAUUUGGCACCAACAAGAUCACGGUCGAAGAGGAUCACGUUCGGUACGAGCGACAACCAAAAAUUGCUGCGUGUGAAAUCAGCGUGUUCAAGUGUUAAGCGUGCUGUAUACUAGCUAGAUUAGUAGUGCAAAUAGUACAGACAAGUGCAAAACACAAUAAAACAAACCAAGAAAAAAGCGAGUCCAUAUACAGUGCGUAAAGGGUCCGCGGUUUGUGAAAUCUUCGGGUGAGAGUGCGUGACACAAGACUCGUUUGACAGCCUGAUCCUCAUUAGGUUUGCUUCACUGUGUGCGUACGAUCGUGUUAUGAUAAGGUAGCCCUUAGUGACGGGUUAUCCGCAACGCAUUUGUUUGUAUUCCCGACACGCAUCAUGUUCCUGCGGGCACUGCUGGCCGUAAUGUUGCUGUUGCUGACGCUGAUACUGCUACAGUGCGAUGGCCGGGCAUUGAAACGAGACAAAUCCAUACCAAACGAUGAUGGUUACAGCUUUCUGGCGAAGAAAGCGGCCACGGAGAAUGCUUGCGAGCAGCUACCACCACCGGUGCUGACCGAAAUACUAGGACCGGCGUUUAAUCCACGCUACAUGAGCAUCGAGGAACCACCGGUAGCGGACAGUGGUGCAGACCAAUCGAACCCGGCCGGAAAGCGGGAUGCGGAACCAUUUCCACCGUUCUACGUUGACGAUAAGUAUUCGCUCGAGUUAAGCCACAAACCGGCCUGGGAGGUGAAACACGUUUCGGAACCGAUUCCACACGGUGAGCUACUUGGGCCGGUUCGGACACGGCGUGACCUGUUCAACGACAUCCUCGACACGCUAGAACCGGCAACAUCUGCGGAGUCGACACGCACGGCUCGAUCGUUCGGUGGAAAGGGUCGUACGCGAUCGUCCGGGUCCGGUGGUACACCACGACCAUGGGAGUGUGAGGCAAAGAUACGGUGGAUCGAUCUUGGUCCGGAGUACUUUCCACGCUUUCUGAGGACGGUCGAGUGCACGAGACAGAACUGCUGGUACGGCCACUACUCCUGUCAGCCGCGCUCGUUCACGGUGAAGAUUCUGCGGAGGCGAACCGGCGAAUGCGUCCAGAGCGAUCGAUUACGGCGCAUCGGUGUCGACGGAUUGCCGGGCGAGCUGCGGGAACUCUGGGUAUGGGAGGAACGGGCCGUCAACUUCUGCUGUGACUGUGCGCCUGCCUUCUGAGCGGAACCGGAUGUGGGAUCCCUUUCGCAGGGAAGCUGUUGUUGUUUGUGCGUUGUAUAUUUAAGCGUUUAUUUAAAUCUUUCGUACUCGUUGACGCACUGGUAAAUCUUAAUGUUGACAUUUGGAUAAGUGGCAAAAGAAGAAAAAGAGCGGAGGAAAAACAAGCAGCAGUAGUAGUAUAAGUCAUGUAGUCUUAAACGUGUACAUAUUUAGUCAUACAUUCGGGAUCCUAGGUGUUAAGGGAUCGCAACGGGUGCAAAUGUAACUUUACGGCACACAAACCGGUGGGAGAGCAGUUGGUGGUACCAAGACGAUCAUCAUUUGCCCGUUGUUGAACUCAGUGUUUGUUGUGUGCACGUGCGCACGUGCGGGGUGUGUUUGUGUGUGUGUGUGGGCGUGAAGUAACAAAUAAAACGUAAAGCUUACCGCUGCCCAGCAGCGGACAGAAGAUACCCAUUUGAUUUGAUUGUUUGUACACGACUCUUUAGGAAAAGGAUACGAUCACCGAAGGUGAAAUGUAAGUAUGGCAAUGAGGCAUAAAUUUUCGCUACCCGUCGUGCUGUGUGUCGCAUUACUUUACCUCGACGUUUCUUAUUUUUAGACCGAAAAGGGCGAGGGUAAGAGAUAGCUUAAACCAACAUUACAUACGUUGGCCGAAAGGGCACGGAAUUGCACUGGAAGCCAAAUGUUUGUCACUUGUCGGACGAAUCGGGUCCAUUAGCUUGGUUUGGCCAGUGCCACAGCAUCAUCCGCCGUUAGAGCGCUUACGAGAAGGGAGAAGAAUGUUAAAGUGCUUACCCGGUUUAAGGACUAGCUUCAGCGUCCUUGUUAUGGUUUGCAUAAAUAUUGAAAAUUAGCUGCUAACAAAUUGUUCCGUGUGUUGAUCGACAUAUUGUCGAGGAUUCUAAUUUCACGUCAGCAGCGUAACAGCAUGUAGACAAGGCAAUGCAUAUUCAUAAACCGUAACGCGUCGUUUUUAAAAAGAUUUUCCCCCAUUCAGGAGAGAUGAAAC